AUGACCACGCCUUUCAAGCAAAAGGUGGAGGAACGCAUCCAGGAGAAGAAGGAUGACACGGGCGGAGAUCAGCCUGCAAAGCGCCCGUGCACAGGUGCUGAGAAGCAGUUCAAGAAGCUUCCGGGAGGAGAUCUGACCACGGUCAAGGAGCCUUUGGGUGAUGCUGGCGCAGAUUCGACCCACCCUGCAACAGUGAUCCUAGAUCUCUUUGUGCACCCCGACAAAGCUACGGUGGAUCUGCAUUGCUCUCAACUGGAGAAAUGGUUCUCUGAAUUUGCAAACCUGCUUGGGAAGCCUUAUCUGUUCAAGAAGCCUGGUCAGGUUCUGGCAGUGACACAGGAGAGCCAAAUCCUGCACUUGAAGCUUUGCGUCGCCAACUUUGCAGAGAAUGGAAGGCGGCUGAGGGCCUCUGCUUGGCCUCGUGUCCGUUGGUCGCCAGCAAGCUUUGAUGCUCAUUGCGACUUUGCGUGUGUCUUUGCAUCGGUCUUGAGGGAGGGCCGCCUGCUUGCGAGCUGGACGCCAGAGAAGGAGGAGACCGUCAUCAAAGCCUUCUUUCAGAAGAUUCUUGGGCAGCUGUCCGAGAACUUCAUGGAGAAGGUUUGCCGUGUGAGCCUCGUGACCGACAAGCAGCCUUGUGACCCGAAGGUGGAAGCGGUCUAUCGCCAAGCUGCUGCAAACUUCAAGGCUCUGGUCUCGCCCAGUGAUCUUUACACUGUGGUCUACAUGGAUUGCACCAAGAUGGGAGUAUUGAAUCAGGGUGAGAUCAACAACAUUGGUGCUUUGGCCGAGCGCUUUUUGGCUCUCCCACCGUCGAGCUUUCCGCCUGCCUUGCCAGAGAAGGACUUCGUUGUCCCAGGUGGCUCAUCCUUCCUGUCACACAGUGAGCGCCGUUCGCUCACUGAUCUGCAGGAAACAGCCCAGUGGAUCGGCGGGACCUCUGUGCCAAAGGCCAUUUUGGAGCAACUCAUGUGCCCUAGCCCAGGCCCAGGCCUCACUCCAAAGAAGGAAGAGCUCCUGGAUGAUGAGUUCAAUUGGUCGUCAGUGUUUGCCGGCGAGCCCGAGAGCUUGGACGAUCUGAAACAGAAGUACUCCGAGCGAACAGAGAUGACAGGACAUGCAGAGGAUCACUUUGAGAUAUCCCCGGAUGGGAGCAAUGCUUUGCUUUGGCGUGCAAACCAGAUUCCUACCAAGAACCUGAAAUCCUCCAAUGUCGCCAGCCACUUCACCUUUGAGAACCUCAGGUCCAGCCCCUUGAAGCUUGUGCGGCGCCUGCGGAAGUACAUCACCGAGAAAUGCGUGGCGGCCGCCAAGCCGCUAUGGUAUUUGCCUGGGGACAUCAAGCUGGUGAAGGGCGCAGCAAAGAGGAUCGCGUGA